AUGUCUUGCAAGAAUACGAUCGAUCUUUCGUUGAUUGACAACAUUCGACCUCAUGUCUUAAUCACUAUGCUACAAGGAAAUGGUUAUUUCAAUAAAAAAGAGGUUACUAUCGUUGGUGAUAUAGCUAGAGUUGAUACACGAAAAAGAUUCAUUGCCUACGAUGUUGACGAUGGCAGUGAUCGAAUUACAUGUAAACAAUGGAAAAAAAAGAACUUUAUAACAGCUCCUCUUGGAGCACUUGUACAAAUAACUGGUCAGGCCCAACUCCUUUAUUCUGGCAAGAUCGAAAUAUUAAUCGUACAAAUGAUCGACAAGACAAAUUUUCCAAUGGUAGAAAUACUCCACUGGACCUUAAGCUUAGAAUAUCACCAAGAAAUUUUAAUACCUUGUCGAAAAAAGCGAGCUCAGAGCGCCAAGGAUCAAUUCAACCCUAGCAAACCACCAGCAUACCCGUACUUGGAUCUUACCAGUGCUAAGCAGCAGAAGACCACCACGUGCCUUUAUUACAACAUUGCAAAAAAUAUAAAAUCCUACUUACAAAAUAGCCAUCAGCACACAUUCACAGCUCAAAAUCUUCUUCAUGAUUCUCAAUUUCAGCAAAAUUUAUUCCUUGAAUUCCCUUCAAGUAAUACUAAUAACAUAUCCAAUCUAUUAAUGGAAUCAAUCAAGCAAAUGUAUUUUAAUGGAUGGAUCUAUUGCCAGAAUAAAUUCGAAAAUAACCUAAAAUGUUGCUAUCAACUUAUUGAUAAUACCAAUUUAUAUCGUCAACUCAACGAGAUUGUUGACGAUUUAUGCCAAUAUCGUGAAUGUGUCCAUUUGAAAGACAUUUAUCGUAAUCUAAUUCUAGUUGAUCAAUACCAUUGGGUUGCUAAAUCUACUGUUGUGAAAUUUCUUCAACUUCUAGUUGGUGAUAAAGAACUUAUUUGUAUUCAGGGAUCAUACUUUACUCCAUCACCCACCAAUAAUUGCAAUAGUAAAAUCCAAUAA